AUGAAUUUGGCAAAAAAAAGAGACACUCUCCAGAAAACUGUAUCACCUCAGUCUGCUCCAGAGCUGUAUCACCUCAGUCUGCUCCAGAGCUGUAUCACCUCAGUCUGCUCCAGAGCUGUAUCACCUCAGUCUGCUCCAGAGCUGUAUCACCUCAGUCUGCUCCAGAGCUGUAUCACCUCAGUCUGCUCCAGAGCUGUAUCACCUCAGUCUGCUCCAGAGCUGUAUCACCUCAGUCUGCUCCAGAGCUGUAUCACCUCAGUCUGCUCCAGAGCUGUAUCACCUCAGUCUGCUCCAGAGCUGUAUCACCUCAGUCUGCUCCAGAGCUGUAUCACCUCAGUCUGCUCCAGAGCUGUAUCACCUCAGUCUGCUCCAGAGCUGUAUCACCUCAGUCUGCUCCAUAGCUGUAUCACCUCAGUCUGCUCCAGAGCUGUAUCACCUCAGUCUGCUCCAGAGCUGUAUCACCUCAGUCUGCUCCAGAGCUGUAUCUCCUCAGUCUGCUCCAGAGCUGUAUCACCUCAGUCUGCUCCAGAGCUGUAUCACCUCAGUCUGCUCCAGAGAGCUGUAUCUCCUCAGUCUGCUCCAGAGCUGUAUCUCCUCAGUCUGCUCCAGAGAGCUGUAUCUCCUCAGUCUGCUCCAGAGCUGUAUCACCUCAGUCUGCUCCAGAGCUGUAUCACCUCAGUCUGCUCCAGAGCUGUAUCACCUCAGUCUGCUCCAGAGCUGUAUCUCCUCAGUCUGCUCCAGAGAGCUGUAUCACCUCAGUCUGCUCCAGAGCUGUAUCACCUCAGUCUGCUCCAGAGCUGUAUCACCUCAGUCUGCUCCAGAGCUGUAUCACCUCAGUCUGCUCCAGAGCUGUAUCACCUCAGUCUGCUCCAGAGCUGUAUCUCCUCAGUCUGCUCCAGAGAGCUGUAUCACCUCAGUCUGCUCCAGAGCUGUAUCACCUCAGUCUGCUCCAGAGAGCUGUAUCUCCUCAGUCUGCUCCAGAGCUGUAUCUCCUCAGUCUGCUCCAGAGAGCUGUAUCACCUCAGUCUGCUCCAGAGCUGUAUCACCUCAGUCUGCUCCAGAGCUGUAUCACCUCAGUCUGCUCCAGAGAGCUGUAUCACCUCAGUCUGCUCCAGAGCUGUAUCACCUCAGUCUGCUCCAGAGCUGUAA